AUGAUGGAACACUCAUUAUUUCAAUCCCCCAAAAAAUCCAAGAAUAUUUUGCCAAAAAACACAUUAAAUUCAGUUAAGGUUUCCUUGUACCGCUGUCUAUAUCUCUCAAUUAUUCUUCUCUUCCAGAUUCUCAUCCUAAACUUUGUUCUUGGUACUCCAUCAAAAUCUAUAUCCAUUCAUAAUCAGAUUCUACAGCAAAAACCCAAGCCAUUACCUUUGACUUUGCCAUCUCUUCAAAACAAAGAAUGCCAGUCAGGAAUGGUAUUUGUAUAUGAUCUUCCAGUUAUGUUUAACAAAGAACUAAUAGACAAUUGCCAGGAUUUAGACCCGUGGCAUUCGCGUUGCAAUGCAGUUUCCAAUGAUGGACUUGGCCCGAUUACAUCAGGGAUCUCUGCCGGCAUGCCAGAGAAUCUAGCUCCGGCGUGGUACUGGACAGACAUGUUUGCUGGCGAGAUCAUUUAUCAUGCAAGAAUGUUGAAGCACAAGUGUAGAACUACAGAGCCCGACUUGGCUACAGCCUUCUAUAUACCAUUUUAUGCUGGACUUGCAGUUGCAAAAUAUUUGUUCAGAAAUUAUACUGCAAAAGAACGGGAUUGGCACGGUAAGAUGUUACUCGAGUGGCUCCAGGAUCAACCCUAUUGGAAAAGAUCCAACGGUUCAGAUCACUUCAUCAUGCUUGGUAGGAUGACAUGGGAUUUUCGACGGUCAAAGAAUGAAGAUUGGGGGUCCAGUUUCAUUAACAUGUCUGCGAUGAAACAAAUCUUACGGCUCUGCGUUGAAAGAAAUCCCUGGGAUCAUCUUGAGAUCAGUGUUCCUUACCCCACUGGAUUCCACCCAAAGUCGAAAUCAGACCUCGAUUUAUGGCUGAAUUUUGUACAAACUCGAAACAGGACGAAUUUAUUCACAUUUGUUGGUGGGAAACGCAAAGUGAAGAGUGAUUUCAGAAGUCUGUUAUCUAGUCACUGUUACAAUGAGUCCGACUCGUGUCGGGUCGUGGAUUGUUCGGGAACUCGGUGCUAUGACGGGACAUGGGAGGUUCUUGAAGCUUUUUUGGACUCCGAUUUCUGUCUGCAGCCUAGGGGCGAUGCACAUACAAGAAAAUCCACGUUUGAUUGCAUGCUGGCUGGUUCGAUCCCGGUAUUUUUCUGGAAAAGAAGCAUAUACGAUCAAUAUCAGUGGUUCUUGACGGCACAACCGGAAAACUUCUCGGUGUUUAUAGACCGAAAAGAUGUGAGAAAUGGAGCGUCUAUAAAGAAAGUGCUGGAAGGGUAUAGUAGGGAACAAGUAAGAAGAAUGAGAGAGAAGGUGAUUGAAUUUAUACCAAGAUUUGUGUAUAAUUAUAUAGGCAGUGAUGAUACACCAGAUGCUUUUGAUCUUGCUAUUGAUGGAGUAUUGAAGAGGUUAAAGGAGCAAAAAGAACCCAACAAUGCACAAUUAAAAGAGGAAUGA